AUGAACAUUGAAACCAGCAGCGGAGCAGCAAUGAUGGAGAGACGUGUCAAUGGAAGACAUUUAGAGCAAGGGAAUUGUUCAUGUAGGAAACCAAGUGUACAUUUGGGCUGGCCAGCAGUCACAUCUAACGCCUGGUCAGCAAUCACAUCUAACGCCUGGUCAACAGUCACAUCUCACGCCUGGCCAGCAGUCACAUCUAACGCCUGGCCAGCAGUCACAUCUAACGCCUGGUCAACAGUCACAUCUAACGCCUGGCCAGCAGUCACAUCUAACGCCUGGCCAGCAGUCACAUCUAACGCCUGGUCAACAGUCACAUCUAACGCCUGGUCAACAGUCACAUCUCACGCCUGGCCAGCAGUCACAUCUAACGCCUGGUCAACAGUCACAUCUAACGCCUGGCCAGCAGUCACAUCUAACGCCUGGUCAACAGUCACAUCUAACGCCUGGUCAACAGUCACAUCUAACGCCUGGUCAGCAGUCACAUCUAACGCCUGGUCAGCAGUCACAUCUAACGCCUGGUCAGCAGUCACAUCUAACGCCUGGUCAGCAGUCACAUCUAACGCCUGGUCAGCAGUCACAUCUCACGCCUGGUCAGCAGUCACAUCUCACGCCUGGUCAACAGUCACAUCUAACGCCUGGCCAGCAGUCACAUCUAACGCCUGGUCAACAGUCACAUCUAACGCCUGGUCAACAGUCACAUCUAACGCCUGGUCAGCAGUCACAUCUAACGCCUGGUCAGCAGUCACAUCUAACGCCUGGUCAGCAGUCACAUCUAACGCCUGGUCAGCAGUCACAUCUAACGCCUGGUCAGCAGUCACAUCUCACGCCUGGUCAGCAGUCACAUCUCACGCCUGGUCAACAGUCACAUCUCACGCCUGGCCAGCAGUCACAUCUAACGCCUGGUCAGCAGUCACAUCUAACGCCUGGCCAGCAGUCACAUCUAACGCCUGGUCAGCAGUCACAUCUAACGCCUGGUCAGCAGUCACAUCUAACGCCUGGUCAGCAGUCACAUCUAACGCCUGGUCAGCAGUCACAUCUAACGCCUGGUCAACAGUCACAUCUAACGCCUGGUCAGUAGUCACAUCUAACGCCUGGUCAACAGUCACAUCUAACGCCUGGUCAACAGUCACAUCUAACGCCUGGCCAGCAGUCACAUCUAACGCCUGGUCAACAGUCACAUCUAACGCCUGGUCAGCAGUCACAUCUAACGCCUGGCCAGCAGUCACAUCUAACGCCUGGUCAGCAGUCACAUCUAACGCCUGGUCAGCAGUCACAUCUAACGCCUGGUCAACAGUCACAUCUAACGCCUGGUCAACAGUCACAUCUAACGCCUGGUCAGUAGUCACAUCUAACGCCUGGUCAACAGUCACAUCUAACGCCUGGCCAGCAGUCACAUCUAACGCCUGGCCAGCAGUCACAUCUAACGCCUGGUCAGCAGUCACAUCUAACGCCUGGUCAGCAGUCACAUCUAACGCCUGGUCAGCAGUCACAUCUAACGCCUGGUCAGCAGUCACAUCUAACGCCUGGUCAGCAGUCACAUCUAACGCCUGGUCAGCAGUCACAUCUCACGCCUGGUCAACAGUCACAUCUAACGCCUGGUCAACGUAA